AUGUUUCUUGGGAGUUUAUUUUCCAUGGUUGUGCUCAUUUCUCAGAUUAAAGAAAAGAUAAUUCUUGGAGUAGAGGGUCAACAACUGGUUUAUCCUAAAAGGCUUCCCCUGAUCCAGAAGCGAGAUGUUUGGCACACCCAUGAUGUUGACAUACAGGAAACUUACGAAGAAGAAUUGUUGUAUGAAAUCAGACUAAACAGAAAAACUCUAAUUCUUCACCUUCUAAAAUCAAGGGAGUUCCUAGCCUCAAAUUACAGUGAGACGUACUACUCCAAAAAAGGGGAGGCGAUCACCCAGCAUCCUCAGACCACGGAUCACUGUUUCUACCAAGGAUCCAUCAUACAUGAAUUAGAUUCCGCUGCCAGUAUCAGCACAUGUAAAGGUCUGAGGGGGUUCUUCAGGGUGUAUGACCAAAGGUUCCUCAUCGAACCAGUGAAAUAUUCAGACGAAGGUGAACAUCUGGUGUUCAGAUAUGACCCCAAGAUGCUGUAUGCUGUCAAUCAUUCUUGUACAGAGCUCAAUUUUACCAGGACAGCUGUUCCAGAGGGUAAGGCUAAAUCCACGGAAGACUCCAAAAUGGAAAGCAUUCAUAAAGAAAAGUAUAUUGAACUGUUCAUUGUUGCUGACAAUAACGUGUAUCACAGGAAUAAUCAUCCUCUCGAUAAACUGAGGAGUCGAGUUUGGGGAAUGGUCAAUUUUGUCAGCAUGCUUUAUAAAACCUUGGACAUUCAUGUGAUGUUGGUUGGCCUUGAAAUAUGGACAAACGAAGACAAGAUAGAAAUAGACUCAAAUAUAGAAACUACCUUAUUGCGUUUUUCCGCCUGGCAAAAACUGAUCCUUAAAAAAAGGAAGAAUUUUGAUCAUGUUAUGUUACUCAGUGGGAAGUGGCUCUACACACCUGUGCAAGGAACGUCCUAUCUAGGGGGCAUGUGCCUGCCCUAUUAUUCCUCCAGUGUCGUUAAGGACCUUCUGCCCGACCUAAACGUAGUUGCAAACAGAAUGGCACAUCAGUUGGGACAUAACCUUGGGAUGCAGCAUGACGAUGACCUGUGUCCCUGUACUUUGGGAAAAUGCGUGAUGGACAGUGGUGCCAGCAUCCCUGCACUAAAAUUCAGCACCUGCAGCAGAACCCAGUACCUGCAGCACCUGGAGGAGCACAAGCCAACGUGCAUGUUCAACGUCCCGUUUUCUGAGAAGCUAAGUGAUUACCCCUACUGUGGAAACAAGAAUUUGGAUGAUGGAGAGGAGUGUGACUGUGGCCCUGUGCAGGAGUGUGCUAAUCCUUGCUGCGAUGCACUCAAGUGUCUGCUGAAGCCAGGAUUCACUUGUGCGGAAGGAGAAUGCUGUGACUCUUGUCAGAUGAAAAAAGCAGGGUCUAUAUGCAGACCAGCAAAAGACGAAUGCGAUUUUCCUGAAGUGUGUACUGGCCACUCUUCUGGGUGUCCUAAGGACCAGUUCCAAGUAAAUGGAUUUCCCUGCAAGAAGGCAAAGGGCUACUGCUUCAUGGGGAGAUGUCCCACCCGGGAUGACCAAUGCUCUGAAUUAUUCGAUAAUGAUGCAAAAGACAGUCCCGGUAUGUGCUACAAGAUGAAUAAAAAAGGAAAUAAAUUUGGAUACUGCAAAAACAAGGAACAGACGUUGAUUCCCUGUGAAGAAAAAGAUGUCAAAUGCGGAAAGAUAUUCUGCACAGGUGGGCAGCACGCUUCUGUCCUUGGAGAAGAAAAGAUCUACCACCUUAAGAAGCCUCUGAAGCAGAAUGGCACUGAAUGCAAAACCUUUUUUUUAUACCAUAAUUCUAAGGAUUUCGGUCUGGUUGCUCCUGGAACGAAGUGUGGAGAGGGAAUGGUGUGCAGCAAUGGCGAAUGUGUGGAGAUUGAGAAGGUCUACAGUUCAACCAACUGCUCAUCUCAGUGCAACGAAAAUGCUGUGGAUGGCGGUGAACUUGAGUGCCAGUGUGAGGAAGAGAAGGCACCUGUGGACUGGGAGGAAACCUUAAAUGUUACCAAUAUCUCCAUCCUCGUGGUUGUGCUCAUCCUGGUUUUUACCAGUGUUGUGGUUGUCACGUUAUUAAUUCGUUACAAAAAAUGUAUUAAGUCGAUGCACGUUCAAAGCCCACCUGGAGAGAUGCUGGGAGUGGAGAACAAAGGAUACUUUGAGCAGCAGACAAGGACCGAGCCCAUCUUACCUGAUAUCCACCCUCUACAUAAACCUGCAAGUAAAGAGCCACGAGGAAUCACCGAUCCCAACCAAAGUGCCAAAGUGUUGGUUGAAUCCCUGGAUGCGGAUGGAACCCGUGAAGACAGAGGACUGACUGUAUUCUCAAAUGCCACCGGCUCCAAAUAG